ACAGGGUCUCUUCCAGGAAGCGUGUCGGGCAGUCGGAUGCUCUGCCGGAAUGCCUGGGAGAGAGACCAUCCUUUCUGUCCGUUACUGAGAGAGCGAGCGAGCCGGUGGGGAGGAGGAGGAGGAGGAGGAGAGCAGGAGGAAGAGGAGGGGUGGCGAUAGGAGAGAGGAACAGACAUGGCUUCUAAAGAGAUCACCGCCUCUGGUUUCGUCAGCGUGAGCAAGGAUAUCACAGAGAGCAUCAGGAAGAUUGUGGAAAAGUCAUCCAUCAAGUUCGUCCGUGGAAUCAAGCUCGACUUCAAAAACGGCAGGACGGAGGACAGGAUUCUAGUCCUCACAACAUGGCGCCUCUACUUCCUAGUGCCAAAGAUUCCCGCUAAGGUUGAGUCCACGUUUAACUUCCUGGAGAUCCAAGCUCUGAAUUCCCACCCCGACCACCAGGUCAUCAUUGACACGGACAAGUCCAGCUACUCCCUGAGGUUCGAGUCGCGCGAGCACCUCAACCAUGUCGUCGGCCACAUCAACUUCGCCCUGUCUCGAAUAUUCAACAACUCCAUUUUCGCCCCCUCCAUCUGCCACUCGGACAGCGACCUCUCCGAGGGCAGCAGGAAGUACUCGCCCAGCUCGGAGACGUCGGUGGAGACGCAGCGGGCCUGUGGAGGGUUCUCAGAGACCUACGCCGCUCUGUGCGACUAUAAUGGCAUCAGCUGCAAGGAGGAAGUGCAGUGGGACGUGGACACCAUCUACCAUUCCCAGGACAACCGGGAGUUUAACCUGCUGGACUUCAGCCACCUGGAGAGCAGGGACCUGGCUGUGAUCGUUGCAUCGAUGGCCUACAACACCUGGUUCACCAAGCUCUACUGCAAAGACCUGCGCAUUGGGUCAGAGGUCACGGAGCAGGUCCUGCACACGGUCAGCAAGUCCUCCAGCCUGGAGGAGAUCACGCUGGAGAACGCGGGCUUAAAAUCAGACUUCCCGCAAAAGAUGUCGGCUGCGCUGUCGGAGAACCCGGCCUCCGUCAUCCAUUCCCUCAACUUGGCCCACAACUCGCUGGACAACCAAGGGGUGUCCAGCCUAAUCCAGCAGGUGUGUCGGCUCAGUAAGGGGCUCCGUCUGCUCAACCUCUCCAAGACCUCACUCACGUCCAAAGGGGUGGUGUCUCUCUCUCAGGCUCUGUGCUCCAGCGACGAGUACUCCAACUCCCUCCUGCACCUGGACCUGAGCAAGAACCCUGGAGUCCUCUCGGGGGAGGACGCCUCGAACAUGUAUCUCUUUUUGUCUCAGCCCAACUGCCUGGUCCACUUGGAUCUCUCCGGCACCGAUUGCUCCGUGGACUCGCUAUUUGGGGCUCUUCUGAGGGGGUGUUGCGCUGAUCUCUCUUUUCUGAACCUUUCCAAAAAUUCCUUCUCCCACAGAAAAGUGAAGGACACGCUGCCGCUGUUCCGUCAGUUCUUCAGCUCAGCCUUCAGCCUCACUCACGUUAGCCUGGCCUCUAUGAAGCUGCCUCCUGAUGUUCUGAGGGCUCUGCUCUCAGGGUUAACGUCCAACCCUCACAUCACCGACCUUUACCUGGACAUCAGUGGCUGUGAGCUACGAGCUGCAGGAGCUGCCGUGAUUCAGGAGCUCUUCCCCCGAGUCUCCUCCAUCGCCACGCUGGAUAUCUCCGACAACGGUCUGGACGCCGACCUGCUCACGGUGCUGCCGGCCCUCUCCAGACACGCCUCCCUCAGACACCUUCACCUGGGCAAGAACUUCAACAUCAAAAACAGGGUUUUGGAUGAAGUCUUGCAGAAACUGGUUCAACUCAUACAAGAGGAGGAAUGUGCGCUCCAGUCUCUGUCCCUGAGCGACUCGCGCCUGCGCUCGCGGGGCACCAUGCUGGUCAACGCCCUCGGCAGCAACACCUGCCUGCGGAAGGUGGACCUGAGCGGGAACAGCAUGGACGACAUCGGCGCCAAGAUGCUGAGCAAAGCGCUGCAGAUCAACACCACGCUCAGGAGUGUGACAUGGGAUCGCAACAACACCUCCGCAGCUGGAUUCCUGGAUGUGGCGCGGGCGCUUGAGCAUAACUUCACCUUGCAGUACAUGCCCCUCCCCCUCAGCGACAUCAGCCAGGCGUACCGCAGCGCCCCCGACAGGACGGAGCAGGCACUGACCAAGAUCCAACGCGCUCUGGUGAGGAACAACCAGACCCAGCGCUUCUCCCAGAGGCAGGCUCUGCGGCUGCACCAGGGCCUGGUGACCAGCACGGCCGAGCAGGUGAUGGAGCGCCUCUGCGUGCGCGUCCAGCAGCAGGUGUGCGCGCUGCGGGCCGCCGGCGAGGUGGACGAGGUCCAAGCUGCCAAGCAGGUGCUGAAGGAGGCCAGGAACUCCCGCGCGCUGUACCCGUCGCUGUGCGAACUGGCCCACGUGCUGUCGGUGGACGGGCCGGUGCGGCAGAGGCUGGACUCUCUGGCCGGGGAACUCGCCAAAGCGGCGGACAAGGAGCUUCAGGUGAUCGUGGACUCCAUGGUGGCGCUCUGUCGCGAGCUGUGCCCGUUGUCGUCCUCGGCGGCCGAGCGGCUGAGCCCCCCGCUGUCGUCCGUCUCAGAGCGCGUCUCCAUCCCUCGCUCCGCCAUUAGGACGGCCCUCAUGGAGAGAGCAGCGCAGGACAUCCACCGCGCCUUGGAGGAAGUGAAGCUGUCGGUCGUUUCCUAUCUCACCAACUCCAUCGUGGACCAAAUCCUGCAGGAGCUCUACGCCACCCAUAAGACCCUGACCCGGCAGGUGUCUCACAUUAAGCACCAGGACGGGAUGUGUGACGACGGCGGCGCCUGGAGGUUCACCCGACACAGGGACUCGCUGGACAUCACGGACGAGGAGCUCGGCACCAGCAUUGACACAAUAGCCAUUAAGAAGCGCAGCUCGAGAACAAGACGAAUCCGACCUGUCUCCACCAGGCUGAGUCUUUGUGACGACUCUAGCUCCUCUCCACCGCCCUCCGUGCCAUCGUAUUCCUCACCGCUCUCCCGCUCGGCAUCCUGGGAGGGCCUGUCAGAGCUCCCGACCCAGGGUCUGCCUCUACAUCACGUUACGCGCGUUCGCCCGAGACCUCCGCGGAGGCACAAGGGAGGGCACCUCCCUGCUGAGACCCACUGCACUGAAAACGGAGGAAUAAGCCCUCUCGACGACGGACUCCCAGAGUUCUACACCAAAAGAGUCCUUCCCGACAGUCAGCUCUCCUCUCUGCACAAAGCUCACUCUCUGAGGAGGAAGAAGAGGAGGAACAUGCUGGCCAUCUUUGGUUUCCGUAGGAACCGGAACCAGACUCUGUCCAAUCAGGGACUUCAGGAAUCUGAAACAGAGGUUUACGGAGAUGGGUGUCACGCUGUCGCCACGGCGCCCAUGGGGACGGCCACAGAGAAUGUGUACACGCUCCUCCAGCCUCCAAGGUCCUCGGCCAGAGCUGGAUCCCCUGGUGAAGGGGCUGAUUUGAAAAUGAAUGAUCACCAGGGGAAAAGUCCUCUCGUUCUGAGUCCACCUCCAGUGCCAGGAAUACCUCACCCGGGAGGGGGGGAGAGCAAACACCCCUUUUAUUCCCCCAGAGAGAAAUCUGAAACAGAUGCUGUCUUUGAUCCGCCGGCGGAGGCAGACAAGUACUGGGCGGACGACAAACAAAGGACGACAGAAGUGCUGCAAGCCGACAAGCAGUGGAUGGAUGCGAGGCAGAGCGAUCAGCAUGUCGAGAGGCAGCGGUUCGAUGACAGGCUGCAGGAAAGAACGCUUGUAGAGCCAAGGACGACAGACAGGUACUGGACCGAGACCAGACAUCCAGACAGACACGUGGACAGACAAUGGACAGUGGACAGACACACCCAGAGGCAGAUUGACCGAAAGAUAGAAAGACAGUGGAUGGGUGGCAGACAGAUCGACAGGUCGUGGUCGGAGAAUAGGACCACAGACGUGCAGGGCGACAGUCAGUGGGCUGAAGGGAGACAUUCAGGCAGAAAGACGGACAGACAAGUGCAGGCGCUUCAUUUGGCUCAAAGGCCGCUGCCGCCGUAUCCGUCGGACAGGACGCCUUCACCUAAACAGGAAACGGAUCCUCUGAGGAGCCCAGAGGCAGCAGCUGCAGACUGGCACCAGCAGGAGUUGCAGGAAACAGGCGCUGGCUUUGUCGAAGGAUGGAGGAGCAGCAGCGUUGGAGGAGGAGGAGGAGGAGGAGGAGGAGGAGGUCGAGGUGUCGCCUCUGCGUCUAAACCCGACCCCCCGCCACAAAGCAGCAAACCCACCCUGUCCAAACUGAGGCAGAGGCAUCGGCUCGAGAGUGCCGACGUCCUACCGGGUACAGAGGAGGAAGGAGACGCAGAGAGGGACUCUGGGAGGACGGAGAAGAAAGAACGAGGAAAAAGAAGAGACUCAGAAGGCCACCCUCCUCCGAUUCCUGAAAAGCCAAAGACUUCCUUGUAUGUGACUUUUCCAAAAGACCCCAAUGAAAGGAACCUACCGCCUCCGCCUGUGCCACCUCCUGGUAACAAGCCUGCACACGGGCUGCCAGACAGAGCAGCAAGUCAAGGUGAAGAAGGACUGAGACCUCAGGCACCAGUGAAGCCACAGAGGAACAGGAAGGCCAUGUCCUGUGAUGCAGGCACUGACAGGGAAAGCCCUAAUAACGUUGAGAAGCCCCCAAAUCGCAAACCCCCCGUGAAAAAACCUAGACUACCCCAAAACAGAAAUAAGUCUCUGGACUCGUCUGACAGCAUCAGCUGCUCACCUGGCCACAGCGAGCUCUUGUGAUGCCCACUGAGUUUACCUGCUGCUGUCCAGCUAAGGCGUUGCCAUGACGACUGUGGAGCUUCACGUUCAACGAGGAAACAAGAGGAAAAAAGGAGGAGGGAGGGGACGAGGUCUAAGCUCAACAUGGCAGACAGCAUAAAUCACCAGUCACCUACUUCUGUUAAAACACUCGCUCACCUGAAUGUCACGUUCCUUCGUCUUCGGCUUCACCCUGACUGUGUUUGUGCGUUUGCUUUCCUCUCAUGCAAAAGAAACAACAACUGCUCAACUUUUUUUUUGAAGCUAAAGUAUUUGCUACCUUAUAAAAGCCAAAUGACCAUCGUCUUUUGUGUUGGUGGACGGUCGGCCGAGAACUCGAGCAUUGUGGCUUCGUAGAAAAAGGAAAAUGUUUCUUUCUUAGAAUGCGGUUUCUUAAAUCGACAAAGCAUUUUUGACUGCUGAUGAAGUCGACUGUCGUGGUUGACACUUUAAAAAUGAGUUGCUUCUUAUCAAAGGAAAUUUGAUGAUUUAUAUCUAGUUUUGCUUUCAGGAACCUAAAGGUGAUAUAUUUUAUAGAAAAAAGUAAAUAUGUAUGAGCACCGUCACUGUACGAAUAAAAGUCUAAUUAAAAGA